GGCGGCGCCCUGUGGAGUGCAGUUUCUCUAACAGUGGUGCCUGGGGACUGUUUCGACGGGAGGCCCAGGGACCCCUCCAGGCUGGACAGGACACGGGACGCUGUGAGCGUGACGUCUGAGAGACUGUUUAAGAGACCCUCCACACCGUCAUGUCCAGGGAACAGCUGAACGUGGGGGAUCUUCUUCCCCUGUUGGAGACCUCUGACCUCCGCCAGCUGAACGAGAUCAAGGGCCUUAUUAAUGAACACCUCAACACAGAUCGAGGGUCCGUGCUGCUGAAUGGUUUGGUGGAUUAUUUCCUGGAGACCAACUCUGCCCAGACAGUGCACAUCCUGUCUUCAGUGAGGGAGCCACAUGAUAAGCACCUUUUUGAUAAAAUGAAUGAAUGCAUGGCUAAAGCCCCCUGUCGCCUGCCCACCCUCACUCUCCUGGGGCAUGUUGUCCGUAAGCAGCCAUCUUGGAUCCACAAGAUCGCGCACUAUCCGCUGCUGCUAUCUCUCCUCAAAUGCCUCAAGACAGACACAGAUGUUGUGGUUCUGAUAACUGGAGUCCUGGUGCUCAUCACACUUUUACCCAUGAUUCCUCAAGCUGGCAAGCAACAUCUCUAUGAGUUUUUUGAUAUCUUUGGACGUCUGGCGUCUUGGAACCUAAGAAACCCAGGACAUGUACCAGAGGUUUAUCUCAUCCAUCUGCACGCAAGCGUUUAUUCACUUUUCCACCGGCUGUAUGGGAUGUACCCCUGCAAUUUUGUUUCAUACCUUCGCUCCCAUUACAGUAUGAAGGAGAACAUGGAUACUUUUGAGGAGGUGGUCAAGCCCAUGCUUGAACAUGUCAGAAUACAUCCUGAAUUAGUGACCGGAACCAAGGACCAAGAGCUUGACCCCAGCCGGUGGAAGAGAUUCGAAAUCCACGAUAUAGUUAUCGAGUGUGCCAAAGUCUCUCUGGACCCAAAAGAGGCGUCCUGUGAAGAGGGCUAUGCCAGCAUGCCUGAGCAUUUCUGUGCUCAUCUACAACAACGUCCGGCUGAUUGCACUGCCAGUCCGUAUGGUGACUUCCACAGUAGCUACGGAAGUUCUUCUUCGACUCAUUUCUCCACCCCUCGUCAGCCUGUCGUCCCUCCCUUGGCCUUGUCCUCUAUCUCAGGGACUCAGCCCCCCUACCGCAGCCCCACUGGAACCCGUCGGCAGAACUCCAGCUGUGAAUUUAAUGCCACAUAUGGGGUUAAGGAUUCUCUCUGGAGCCCCUCCUCCCAGUGUGGGAUGGCCACUCCCCCUUCCUCCCGUGGGAUGUCACCAAACCCGGAACUGUCCCAGAGUGCCUCUCACCUACCGAGCCGCCUCUACAGCACACCUGCAGGUGGAAAAGGCACCCCGUCCUCCAGCACGCCUGCAGCUGCAACACCUCCUCCUAGUCUAUCAGAUGAGUAUCCCCCUGUAUCGACGCCACGCAGCACCGCCAGCCCACCAUGCAAGGAUGGUAGACCUUUAGACCAUAUUAAACCGGUCUUGGUCAGACAAGAGCAACUCAGAGAGUCUGAAAAAACUGGGCCUGAAACGAUGAAUCACAGAGAUGGCAGAGGUGAAAACAUGCCCAUGACCCUGACUGAGCUCUCUGUGUACAUGAAGGAGCAAGAACAACUGAGGAUCGAGAAGGAGAGGGAGGAUGCUGCCAUCACAGAGGAGCUCCUGAAGUUAACCGAGGAGAAGCGGGAUCUAGCCGGCCUCCGUGGCUUCGACUCUCCAUUCUUCAGCACUACAGAGACCCUGACUGGAGCACAACAGAAACCCCUGCCCUCCUCUAUUCUUCACAACACCAUCUCCACCCCUGACAAAACUGAAAUAACACCCAGUGACAAAGGAAGAGUCAGCAGAGGCCCAUCCCAAGAGCAACCCUGGUCCUUCCAGCCAGUGUUCAUGCCCAUCGAACACCCGACGCACAGCCUCCUUCAUCGGAGCCCGUCAGCACCAGAUGACGAGGCCUUAAAAUUUGGCUUGUGUUCCCCGAGCCCAUGCAAACCUCCACCCAUGCCAUACGAGGCUCUGUUUGACAUGGCUCUGCCUCGGGCUGCCUCUCUUUUUGUGGGAAGGAAGACUUCAGAGAUUGUGCAGCGAGUGGCGAUGGAGAGGUUUCAGAGAGGGGAUUCUGGCAGGCAAGGGGAGGACGAGGGUGUGGAGGGGGUCGCCUCUGCUUCGCCUCUGGAGGUGCUGGAUCGCCUCGUGCAGCAGGGUGGAGACGCCCAUGACAAAGUGCUAAAGAGACUGCCCCUGCCAAGCAAGUCAGCUGACUGGACACACUUUGGAGGUUCAGCUCCUCUGGAUGAGUUGCACACACUGCGCAGUCAGCUUCUGCUUCUACACAACCAGCUCCUGUAUGAGCGCUAUAAGCGAGAGCAGCACGCCGUUCGCAACCGACGUCUGCUUAGGCGAAUCAUCAACGCCACUGCACUCGAGGAGCAGAAUAAUGCUAUGAAGGACCAGCUGAACCUGCAAAGUGUGGACAUCUUGUCUUUGAGAGAGAGCCUUCAGGUGGAGCAGCAGAGAUACCGGCAGCUCUGGGACGACCGAGAGACUGUAGUUACACGCCUGCACAGCCAGAUACGACAACUGCAGCAAGCCAGGGAUGACUACUACACUAAAAACCAGGAGUUACAGAGCAAGCUUCAAGAAUGCCAGAAGCGAAUAGGAGAGAUGGAGGCGGAGCUUCAGAAGGCCAAUAAUGAGGUGUGCCACACAGGACACCUGCUGAACCAGCUUACUGCCAAGUUGUCCUCUAGUGAAAGUAUUCAGCAGCAGUUGAGUUUUCUGAAUAAGCAGCUGUUGCUGUUGGGAGAAGCCCAUAAACUGUGUGUUCAGGAGCUUCAUCAGGCUGGACCGGAUACUAGCAAGGAGGUGCAGAUGUUGCAGACGUCUUGGGGGAAGGAGACGGAGCGUCUGAAACAGAAUCUGUUACUUCAGAGCCAAAAGCUGGACGCGGCUCAGCAGAGAGUGGCGGAGCUGGAGACUCAGCUCUCUAAGAAGGAGCACCUGAUCGCAGAACAAAAGAAGUUUUUGGAAGAUGUCAAGGCUCAGGCUAAAGGGGAGCUGCAAGCUUCUGAGAGCAGGUAUCAGGCACAGAGGAGAGUGACUCUGGCUCUGCAGACUGAGCUUCUGCAGCUCUAUAGCAGGCUGGAAACAGAAGAUUCUUCUGCUGCUGAUUCGGCCUUACAGGCAGAGGGUGUUACUGAGCCUUGCAUUACCACUGAGCCCAGUGUCAUAGUAGUCGGCGGUGCCAUCAAAACAGCCACAAAAGAGGACGGAAAGCCACAUCAGUCUCCACGUGGCUAUGGCAGCACUUUAUCACCAGGCCAUCCCAAAGCCAGCUCUUCUCCGGACAACUCGGUGAACGGCAAUCGAGACACUCCCCCGCCUGUCCUGGUGGAACCACCCCCUCACCGUCCCCAUUCCCCCCUGGGACCCCCUGGACCCCUGGUGUCGUCUGACACCCCACUCACCGUAGGCUCCUACCCCAGCGCCAAGAGCUUUCUGGGCAUGCGGGCACGAGAGUUAUUCCGCAACAAAAGCGAAAGCCAGUGUGACGAGGAAGAAACUCCGCCUCCUCGUCUAACUGGCCUAUCACAGGGCCUGAAAACUGAGCUCUGCACAGAGACGACAGCAAAGCGUCCGUCCGUCUCCACCACCGCACAAAGCGUCACGCUUAUCACAUCUGGUAAAGAGUCCCAACCCGACGCACAGAGAGCCAAAAAACAAGACACGUUAGGUUCAAGAUGCCCAGAGCGACCCAGGCAGCAACCGUUGAGAAUCAUGGACUAUAACGAAAGUCGUCAUGAGCAUAGCUAAAGUUAUGGAAAACGGCGAGAGAGAGAAUGAAGAAAUGUGCGGAUUUAGAUUCAUAGAGCGUAAGGCAAGACUCUUUCAAUCUUCAGUGUUAUCUGUCCCAUUUCCACAAGCCGACAACAGGAUUUGGAGCCAAUAUAUUAGUCAAACCCUCACUAAAACCGGACAAGUGGAAGGAAUGGACUAAUGUGUUGUGUAAAGAGGUGUUUUUUUUAAGUAACUCCACUGCUUUCUUUAUCAGAAGUGUCUCCGCUGCAUCUUUUAUUUUAUUUAGCUAAUUUAUCUGCUCCAUUUUACCAAGUAACUGUUACAGCUUUACAUUUAGUGUGUUUAGAAGCAAUAUAAGUCCAUUCAGUCUUAGGAAAGGUUCAAAACUUCAACCUUCACAACUCACCUGCGCAGAGCAAGAACAGAAGUGUUUGCUUGGAUACCAGGAGUAGGAGGUUUGAUGGUCAUCUUAUGCCAAGCAGAAGUCAGUGUUUCUUUAAAAACCUUUUAAACAUGUCAAGUGCAUUUUCAUGAGCUCAAACUAUGUUUAUCUUUAUUGUGUUACUGUAUGUAUGAGUGUGUGUAUGUGUGUGAUGUAUGUUUGUGUCCGAGUUGAAAGCGAUGACCUGUAUCCCAGAUUUAUUUCUGGGUUAAAUUGCACUCAUUUCUUACUCAUUUACAGAAAAAAAGAAAAUCUACAGUAGUCUUGGAUUAUACUAAAUCGGGAGAAAUAAAUGAGAGGAAGCCAAAAGAGAGGAAGGUUAGACAUGUUUUUUAAAUUAUUUAUUUUUUUGUCUUCUCCUCAUUUCUAGCUUUUUAAUUAUUACCAGUCACUCGCCAGGGCUUUUAAAACUUACCAAAACAUCAUAAUCCUAAACAACGGCUGCAAAUUUGUGAUCACUACCCACAAAAACCUAAUCUGUAAUCUCAGAAAGAAACUCUAGUGGCCAUUUUGAAGUCCUAUUCUAACAUUCGAUUCAAAUGAAGUACUUCGCUUUGACGAUACUAACCUUCAAUCUAAAUCUAAGUCAUUAUAUUCGCUUGGAUAAUUGAUAAUAGUAUGAAUGAUCUGCCGUUUACCCUCUCACUUUAGAGUAUAUUAUUACUUAUUUUGCUUUCUGAGUGCCAAAUACUCAAUCCGUAACACGAUAAUAGUAUUCUGUAGAACUUAAAUGUAUUGGUUUCCGUUGUAUUAUUCACUCGACUGUUCUUAUGCUACCACAUAUCAAUUUGAGGGGGUAAAUACAAGAUCUGUACAUUGAUAAUUGGUUGUGAGCUGUACGAUACCAAGUUGGCGAUUUUUGGCCAUACCAAGUAGGCGAUAUUGAGUGGCCAUGUUAAUCGUCAUUUAGGAAUUGCGGACAUGGUGGUUAUAAAACUGUACCCAAAUCCUGUUGUCCCCUCAGUCUCUGCUGUUCCUUCUGCCUUGCUAUCUAGAGCAUGUACAACAAUCCUCUUUUAAUGCCAACGACAGGAACCACGACGUAACAAGACACAAGGUACAAUCAUCGUGAAAGGAAAAGAACGUUUGAAUUUGAGCUCCUUUGCUGGAGGUGAAAGUUCUGGGGUUUGUCGAGGGAUAAAAAAAAAAAAAAAACGAAAGGCCGGGUCGAGUGGAAAAUGUUCUUAAAAGCAGUUGCUUGUGUUAACUGUGAAUGACAAAAAUAAAAUCGUCUUCAAUGUUUUGCACUACA